AUGGUGGCUUCGGUGCGGCUGCGUGCAGAGAGGCCGAAUCUUUGUUUGGACUCGCACACCACUACGCGAAAUGCUGGCAUUUGGCUUGUGAGCGUUACAAGCAAUUUGGGAAAAACAGUGCCCAAAAAUAAAUGUCUCCUCCGCCCAACGUCGGCUGCGACAAAUGUAGGCAUGUGUGGCAUUGCGGCCCUUCUGAGUUGCGGGACGAUUCCCGAGUUACCACCAUGGCCGGUCUGGGCUGGCUCAUCGACGUCAAAAACCUGUACAACGCAGAGUCCUCUAUCGACUAACGAUGUUGCUCAAGCACUGGAAAGGAGAGGUCCAGACUCUACGCUUCAUCACACCAUCUCAAUCCAAGGCGGUGUAGGCGAGACAACGAUACAUCUGCUCCAGACAGUGCUAUCCCAUCGCGGGAGCCCACCUGAAACGCUCGCUUCAGACUCGGGCGACGCAUUGUUGUUCAACGGAGAACUGUAUAAUGUGUGCGACAACACUGGGGCAAAUGAUUUUACAGCUCUACAGCAACUGCUUUCUAGGGCGUGCAGGGAAGGGGAUGGCUUGGGGAUGCACGCCCUUGGUGCUCUUGAUGAGUUGCGGGGGCCAUGGGCGCUGAUUUUUUGGCACAAUGCGCGAAGACGCCUAUACUUUGGUCGGGACUGCUUAGGACGUCGCUCUCUCAUGCUUCGCGUAAUACGGGGAACUGGGUUGGAAAUACUUUCUAUUCCACCCCGCCAUGCGCUUCACGGCUUUGUCGAGUUGCCACCGAUAGGCUUGGGAUACGUGGAAUUCGGUCGACAUGGAGAGGUCUCGUUUGGUGCCCUUGUGUCGGGCAGCGACAAGGGUAUGUACGUAUCCUUUCUACCCGCAAAGUGGCUCAGAAGCGGCAAAGCAGCAGAGGAAUACAAGUUAACGCUGCUCGAUUCCGCAACGAAGUUUCUCGAUCGCUUCCGUGACAGUCUCCAAAGAAGGCUUGUGACCAACAGGUCGUUCACUCCCGGCUAUCCUCGAUACGGCGUUCUUUUUUCGGGAGGCAUUGACUCGCUUUUCCUCGCAGCCGUACUCGACGAAUGCCUACCUGAAGGUGAGACGAUAGAGCUCAUCAAUGUUGCAUUCGGAAAAAGCGACGACGCCUUGCAAGCGUGUCCGGACAGAGCGAACGCGAUCUCCGGGUUGGCAGAGUUGCGCAACUUGUCGCGAACUGCGCGCGACUUUGAUCUACGCUGUGUUGACGUGGGGCCGAUGGAGGCCGAUGAGACUCUUGCGAGUUGCGUGCGGCACCUCGUGCACCCAUGCGACCAGCUUAUGGAUGCGUCGAUUGGGACAGCUAUCUGGCUCGCGUCGCGAGGCCGAGGAUACUCCUAUGACGCAAGACUUGAUCUCCCCGGGCAAAACAAGCAGCUCUCGUGUUCAACAGCGCGAAUUUUGUUCAGCGGCUUGGGGGCCGACGAGCUGAUGGGCGGGUACAAAGGGCGGCACCGAACGAUUUUCCGCAGCGAGGGUGCGGAAGGGGUCAAGCGGGAAAUGGACGCGGAUUUGAGUCGGCUGUGGUUUCGCAACCUCGGGCGCGACGACCGGCUGAUCGCGGACCACGGCAAAGAAGUGCGGCACCCGUUCCUGGACGAGGACUUGAUCUCUUUGGUGACGAGGCUGCCCUUGGUGGAGCACGUGUGCGACUUGUCCAAGCCCGACGGUGUGGGCGACAAGCAUUUGCUCCGGCGCGCGGCAGCGCUGGUCGGGCUUUCCAGCGAGGCGACACGCAGGGCUAAGCGGGCGAUCCAGUUUGGCUCGCGGUGCAAACAACGCUCUCUUCUGCGGGGAGAAGCCAGCCGCUGCCACGGCGCCCUUAUUACUGACGGCUAUCGCGUAGACGCUACUUGCAGAAGCCGGGGUCUUGCCGGUGAGGUUUCCCUGAAAGUCCAUGGUGACCAAGGCGGCGGCGGGGCGCUUUGCGUCGGAGCCGCCGACGAAGAAGGAGCCGCGCGCGAACGCGGCGGCGCGCGGCAC